UUUGGAAGUAAUAUUAAACUUAGAAUACAUGAGAGGAUACACACUGGGGAGAAACCAUAUGGCUGUGUAGAGUGUGGAAAAAAAUUUGUUACAAGUACUUGUUUAAAAGAUCAUGUGAGGAUACAUACAGGAGAGAAACCAUACAGUUGUGUAGUGUGUAAUAAAAGAUUUCGUAGUAAUAGUCAGUUAAAACAACAUGAGAGAGUACAUACUGAGGAGAAACCAUACACUUGUGUUGUUUGUGAUAAAAAAUUUAGAUGUAAGAGUGCACUUAACGAACAUGAGAAGGUGCACACUGGAGAGAAACCUUACUGUUGUGUAAUGUGUAGCAAAAUAUUUCGAAGUAAUAGUCAGUGUAAAAUACAUGAGAGGACACACACUGGUGAGAAACCAUAUGGUUGUGUUGUGUGUGGAAAGAAAUUUUUAACAAAUACCUGCCUACAAGAACAUGAAAGGAUACACACUGGAGAGAAACCAUACAGUUGUGCAGUUUGUGAUGACAAAUUCAGAAAUAAAAGACAACUUAAUAGACAUGAGAAGGUGCAUACUAGAGAGAAGUCUUACAAUUGUUUGGUGUGUGGUAAAGAAUUUGGGAGUAAUAAUGAACUUAAAACACACCAGAGGGCACACAGUGGAGAAAAACCAUACAGUUGUGUAGAGUGUGGUAAAGACUUUGGAAGAAGUAGUAAUCUUAAAACACACCAAAAGAUACACACUGGAGAGAAACCACUCAGUUGUGUAAAGUGUGGAAAAAAGUUAGUAAGUAAUGAUAAACUUAAAACACAUCAGAGGGUACAUAAUGGGGAGAAACUGUAGAUUUAUGUAAAUGAUGUCCAAAAAGUCUGAAACCACAGGCAUUUCAACAAAUUAUACAGAAUGUGUUGCACAUGCUGUACUCUUAAUUCAAAAGAAGUUUGGAUUAACACCAGGAUUAAUUUGUACUUUUCACGCUUGGAUAGUUCCAUAAUCAGUCACAUAUGUGAAAUUAAGAAAUGUUAGAAAUCACCUGUGAUUCCAGACUUAUCGGACACCAUCUAGUAUGUGGUAAGUCAUGAUAACACACGUUCUGGGGAGAAACCACUUGGUUUUUGGAUGUGGCGAGAUGUGUAUGUAGUUUUUGCCUUAAAAUAUAUAAAAAUGUACACAGGUGGCAGAAACUGUAAAUGUCUGAAAUCAACAAGUGUUUUGUAAAACACUGUUGUUGGAAAUGAUAUGAGUAAUAAAUACAAAUUCAAUA